AUGGCGACGACGCCGACGACUCUGCGAGCGAUCGCGCACCCUCACGCGUCGUGCGCUCAACGCACGAAGCGUAUGAGGGCGCGCGAGGUCCGUCCACUCGCGAACGCGUCCGCGAUGGCGUUCGCGAAACGAGAGCACGACGCUGUACGGGCGAGCGUCGAGCGAGGGUCGAAUAUGACGACGCGAGCAGCGCGAGCGACCGUCGUCGCCAUGGCCGCAGCGGAUUCUAGCGCGAUGGCCAAGGCAUGUGACAUGGAUGAACUCCCGCGAGGCGAGCGCAAGCUUGUGCGAAUGCUCGGAAAGAGCAUUUUGUUGUUCUGGUAUCGCGACACUGUGUUCGCAAUCGAGUCUCGCUCGCCCGCCGAAGGGGCGUACUCUGAGGGAUUCGAACGCGCUCGAUUGACGCAAGACGCGUGCAUUGAGUGUCCGACGACAAAGACCAAGUUCGAUCUCAAGACGGGGGAGAUCAAGGAGUGGUAUCCAGAUAACCCAGUGCUCGCAAGGCUUACGCCGAAGGACACGUGCCGCCCGAUGGAGGUGUUCCCGGUGGACAUGCGCGCGGAUGGUAUUUAUGUCGACGCUAAGAAUGGUUCUUUGGGUCCGGACUUCGUCGCCCCUAUCGGUUUUGGCGGUUCGAACACGUCGUUGGAGAGUAACAACGUCUUUGCCGUUGAGACGCCGAUGUAUGUGGAAGGCGAGCAGCAGGGUGGCAAGAAGAUGUCCUCCAGCGAAGACCCGACCGCUAAGAUGGACGCGAGUCAGCUCGGCGGUGCAAUCGCCGUCGGUGGAGUUAUUGCCGUCGCCGGUACGGGUGCGUGUUUGUACUAUGAAAACUACAUCGCGCUUGGCGCUCUGUGGAUUGUCGGCUUUGCCUCCGCCGCAUUUGUUGCGCUCAAGACCACUGGUGCGCUCGAAGACGAGUAA